AUAGCUUGUGAUAAACUUGAAGGAAGCUUUCUUCGUCGUUUUUAAUGUUUAUGCCGUUGCCCAAUAGCCAUUUUUGGCUGUUCUCGGUACCUUUCUGCAACAGAAAUGGGCUACAGCUCUAUACAGCAGGUUUUCCAGCCUUGUUCGGUUGUUAAAAAUGGAAAAAUAACGGAGAACCCUGAAGUGUGGUGUCCAAAAAUAAACACCAAGCUUUCCGUGGCAACACACAAUUCAAGGUGACCAAAUGUGGUCGUAAUCUGCAAGACUCUUCCUAAUUCCUUUCAUCUCUCUGGUUGAUGUGAAAUUCCUGUGUUUAUUCUCACGUUGCUCUGGGUCUUAAUUUGCAUUUUUUUUUUCUGAGAACGGCUUCAGGUACUUGCUGCGUUUCUAUUGCACGGUCUAUAUCUCAGGAUUCCACAAUCAUUUCCAUGCUUGACAUUAUUAUGUUCAUGCAGCAUCUGUUGAAAUAUUCUGUAUGUUGCCUUGACUUGAAUUUUCUAAUGCAUGAUACAGCAGCUGGCUCUCUUAGACUCUUGUGGCAUCAUAAGAGAAAUCAAGAAGCUGAAAGGAAGUUGCGCUGGAUAAACCUAAGGUGAACAGUUCUAGGUGUUUUUCUUCAAAAUCCAUUUUGUGGAAUUGUCAAUGGGUAACACCCAUAAUCCAACAGGAGAAUUGGCAAUUGACGACAUAAAGAUUGACGAUGAAGCAAGACCAGCACCAGCAUCAACCCCAAGGUCUUUGUUUAGUAAGAAAACCAAAACAGAGACGGAAAGGGAGAAACUAUUUGACGGAUCAAGCGAUGUUGAGAAACCAAGAAUGAAAAGCACCCAAGAGAUCCUCACCAAAUACAAAUUUGGCGGGGAUGCUGCUGCAGCUGCAGCUCAUGCAAAAGAUAAGCUCAAGGAACGGGGCGAGAAACUUGCUAGAAUAAGCCAAGAAUCCGCCGAACUUCAGAACGAGUCAGAGAAUUUUGCCUCCCUUGCUCAUCAGAUCGCAAAAUCCAUGGAGAACAAGAAAUGGUGGAAGCCAUGAUCCCUGGUUGGGCUUUCUGCCAUCUUUUCAUACGAUCGCCUUCCCUAUGCUCCUUACCAUUUUGGCCUACAUGGUUUCUGUGGCCAUAACUUGUAUUACGUUGAGACCUUGAUGGCCUAAACCACCUUGAUUACCAACCAACCGAUGACAGUAAUGUGUAGUACCACCUUUGAGCUUAUCAUUUCCUUUGAACUACUUUGUACUACCAGCUAACGCAUAGUUAAUGAAAGCAAAGCAGAGCAACGUGCUUUCACUUGUGCAGCGAUGUUAUCUGCCUCCAAUCUCCAUCAAGAGUACUGAGAGAUAGCACAUAGUACUGUUUAUGGACGAUUUGGAUGGCUGGUGACCAACUGACCAUCCAGCCUCUCCCCCUCUCUCGCUUGUCGUAAUCAGCAGGAUGUACGAGGAGACGGCGUGAUGAGAGGCGCCGGGAGAGGACACGAUAUCGCAGCAGCUACCGGUUGCUGCUCGCGCCCUCUGAUUGGACGCCCAUUGAUAAGUGUGGGGUCCUGAUAGAGUGAUAGGGGCAUGAAAGGUGUACGUAUGUUAUGGUCUACGUUGGCGUUGGCGUUGCAUAAGAUGCUCCUGAAGUCCUGAUUUUAUUCGAGGCGAGAUCUGAAGAAUGGCAUGCGGAAUGGACAACAGAAUCAGGACGGGACGGGGCCUAUGAACGGUUCGUUGUCGGGUACAGUAAUACCACACCAUUGCUGUUGUUAGACAGAAAGGUCAUAUCUUCCUGUUAAAUUGUCAUGCAGAAAGAAAUGCUACUGUAUAUUUUUUAACUUGUAGGAAUGUCGUGUGGAUUUGGUAGACAAUGUAUAAAUAAACUGUACUAGUAGCUGAGGGGGGAGCACGCAUGAAACCAUGGAUUUGACCAA